GGCGCGGUGGCGGCGAUGGUCGCCGUGACCCACGUCGGGCAAAAACGGAGGAGGACGGGCACCCACCUCCUGCCGGCGACCCCCCCGCGCCGCCCGCACCCGUCCCUGCCCCCAAGAAGGCCAAACCGGAUGGGAAGCCGGCGAAACCGCCCGCGCCCCCAAGCCGGCUCCCGCGCGCAAGGAGAAGCAGCUCGCAAGGAGGAAGAAGGGGGCGGACCGGCCACCUCCACCAGCGAGCACGCCCGGUCCAACGCCGCCAACCGCCACCACCACCGACGUGCUCGAUGAAAUGUCCGCCCCAACCGUGUCAUUUAGUGCAUUGCUCAACAACGCAGAGGUGAACAUCGGGGAUCCUCCACUUGAUUCCUUCGACUACCAUGUUGAGGAGCCGGCGGUUGAGGAGGCCGGUGUGGAGGAGGAUGAGGAGGAGGAGGAGGAGGAAGAUGAAGAUGAAGAUGAAGAUGUCACCGAGAUCGGAGAGGAAAUGUUUGAAGCGGGAGGUGGUGCUCGAAGGCCAAUUCGCACGGCGAACUACACGGAGGUUGAGGAUGUCCUUUUGGUGAAGGCUUGGUCGCAAGUGGGCUUGGAUGCGGUCACCGGCACCGAUCAAACCGGGAAACGUUAUUGGCAACGCAUUGAGGACAGGUAUUGCAAGCUCAAACCCAAGACUGCCACAUUGAGAGCUCGUUCUUACCGAUCGCUUCAAGGCCGGUGGGACUUGAUGAAGCCCGCUUGUGCUCUUUGGAGUGUGGCUAUGGAUCAAGUGAGGGAUCAACCCCUAAGUGGUUGUGUUGAGAGUGAUUAUGAGAAAUAUGCCGAUUUGAGGUACAAGGACAUGGCCGGUUCCAAGGGCAAAUCCUUCCCAUUCAAGCAUUGUUGGGCAUUGCUCCAACAUCUUGACAAAUGGAAAUUGAGGGAUCAAGAGAGUGCACCGAAGAAAUCGGAUAUGCUCAAAAUGGAUGAUAGGGAUGAAGAAGGAAGAAACCGUGACAAGCCCGAGGGAACCAAGAAGGCAAAAGAGAGGAUGAAGUUGGUGAAAGGAUCGUAUGCCGCACCUAGAGGGGGGGUGAAUAGGUGCUAACCAAUUUUUAGUUCUUUUUCAAUUUAGGCUUGACACAAAAAGUAAAUUCUCUAGAUAUGCAACUAAGUGAAUUUACCUAUAUGACAAGGUUAUCAACUAGGCAAGAUAUAGCUACGCAAUAUAUAAGAGAUAGAGUGGGAUAGAGGUAACCGAGAGUGGAGCACGCGAUGACACGGAGAUGAUUCCCGUAGUUCCCUUCCUUUGCAAGAAGGUACGUCUACGUUUGGAGGAGUGUGGUUGCUACGAAAGCCAAACCAACAGCCACGAAGGCUUCACUCAGAUCUCCGGUGAGCAACGCCACGAAGGCCUAGCCCACUUCCACUAAGGGAUUUCCUCGAGGCGGAAACCGGGCCUUUACAAGGUUCUUGGGGCACACAUCCACAACCAAAUUGGAGGCUCCCAAAUCUGUUACAACACAACAAAUCAACAAGCAUACAUCAACAACAAUCACUAGGGAUCCAAAGAGGAACACU